AGGGUGUGCGUUUUGAAGGUUGUGUGGAGCUAUAACACGGCUGCGGACUAACCGAGCCGCCACUUGGUUUGACAACCCCGGGACAAACCUCCGAAGACGGGGCGGAGCGUACCCCAAGCCUGCAGCAUUCAGCCUUCCUCUGAGCUCAGCCCACCGCCCCGAUCAAGGUGCUGUCCUGCAGGCGCACGGAGGAGAUGCCGCAAACGCGGGCAUUGAUCUCAAGAAAGUUUAAAUUCGCCAGUUAGAUGGCAAAAUGUCAUGCGGCAGCUGUGAGGCUUCUCCUCAAGGUCAGUAUCUGAGCUCCGCCGCCUCGCGGACGACUUAUUUGUGCAGUAGGAGGAGAAGUGGAGGCGCGGGGAAGGGGAUGCCGCGGUGUCUCACUUGCCUCCAGCAUCAACAUUGACAUCUUCCGACACCCAGGACAUCCACAGUCACUGGCUCUGAGACGGACAAAGUCGUGAAGAGCAGCCGGGCCGUCGUUUACAACAUCGGUGCCGGAGCUGUUGCAACUCUCCCAAGCAUCCUGGCGUUUCCUGCUUUCUCAAAACACCGGCCUGUGACGGGGGUACUGUUUACCUGGCUACAAGCGGCGCCGCCGACCUACAGCUAGCUGACGUUAACUGGGAGAACGGCGGUUUUUUUCGGUUUAAACUCGCCGGACUGACCGUUAGUAAUGCCAGUCCACGGUUAACGACUUGAUCACACUACGAAGUUGUUAACGACUCAACUUCCUUGAACUUUUUUUUUACCCAUUUCAUUUCAACUAACGUCGCCUUCAUUUCUUAUUUUUUUUCUUGUGUUAAUUUUCCGAUAACAUGCCUUCGAGGACAGGGUCGCGCCUCCCGGAACGGGGGCUGCUCCUGCUGAUGGUUCUGGUGUUUCUGCAUUGCCCCCUUCUUUCCGUCGGUGCCAGCGGUUCUCCAGGCGUCACCAACCAGGAACAUGAGCACAGCCAUGAACCGGGCAACGAGACUAAAAAGCUAUUCCCCGUGCUCAGCCUCGACUACGAGCACAUACAUGUCCCCUUUGAAAUUUCAUUAUGGGUUCUCCUGGCUUCUUUGAUGAAAUUAGGGUUCCAUCUGAUUCCUCGCCUGUCGGGCAUUGUGCCAGAGAGCUGCCUGUUGAUCACGGUGGGCCUGCUGGUUGGGGGGCUCAUCAAAUUAGCUGGAGAGAAAGUCCCACCAGUGCUAGACUCUCAGUUGUUCUUCCUCUGCCUGCUACCCCCCAUCAUCCUGGAUGCUGGCUACUUCCUGCCCAUUCGUCCCUUCAUGGAGAACCUGGGCACAAUCCUGAUGUUUGCUGUCGUUGGGACUUUGUGGAAUGCCUUCUUCAUCGGCGGCCUGCUGUAUGCCGUUUGUCAGUUGCAGCCACAUCUCCUUGGACUAGGGCUUCUGCCUUGCCUGCUGUUUGGCUCCAUAAUCUCAGCGGUGGAUCCCGUCGCUGUGCUCGCUGUGUUUGAGGAGAUCCACAUCAAUGAGUUGUUGCAUAUCCUGGUGUUUGGUGAAUCAUUGCUCAAUGAUGCUGUAACUGUGGUCCUCUACCAUCUUUUUGAGGAGUUUUCCAGUGCUGACACAGUGACGGUGUUGGACGGCUUCCUGGGAGUCAUCUCCUUCUUUAUAGUGGCGUUGGGUGGCAUUCUAGUGGGCGCUGUCUACGGGAUCCUGGCCGCCUUCACCUCACGCUUCACCUCUCACACCCGUGUCAUCGAACCGCUCUUUGUUUUUGUAUACAGCUACAUGGCCUACCUGUCAGCAGAGAUGUUCCACCUCUCCGGCAUCAUGGCCUUGAUAGCGUGUGGAGCAGUCAUGCGACCGUAUGUAGAGGCCAACAUAUCCCACAAGUCCCACACCACAAUCAAGUACUUCCUGAAAAUGUGGAGCAGCGUCAGUGAGACACUGAUCUUCAUUUUUCUGGGAGUGGCUACAGUGGACGGAAAACACCACUGGGACUGGACCUUCGUCCCGGUCACUGUCAUUCUGUGUCUGGUUGCACGGGUCAUAGGUGUGGUCGGUCUGACUUACAUAAUCAACAAGUUCCGCAUUGUCAAGCUAACCACCAAGGAUCAAUUCAUUGUGGCGUACGGUGGCCUGCGAGGUGCCAUCGCCUUCUCCCUCGGCUUCUUGCUCAAAGAGGAACACUUUCCCUUGAGGAACAUGUUCCUCACUGCUAUCAUCACGGUCAUCUUCUUCACUGUCUUUGUCCAGGGCAUGACCAUCAAACCCCUGGUGGACCUUUUGGCAGUGAAGAAGAAACAGGAGGCCAAACGCUCGAUUAAUGAGGAGAUCCAUACCCAGUUUCUUGACCAUUUGCUGACUGGAAUUGAGGAUAUCUGUGGACACUAUGGACAUCACCACUGGAAAGACAAACUGAACCGCUUCAACAAGAAGUAUGUGAAGAAGUGCCUGAUUGCGGGCGAGCGCUCCAAGGAGCCACAGCUCAUCGCCUUCUACCACAAGAUGGAAAUGAAACAAGCCAUUGAGCUGGUGGAGAGCGGAGGAGGAGUCAAGCUGCCUUCUGCCAUGCCUUCCACCGUUUCCAUGCAGAACAUCCAGCCCAAGAAGCCUCGUCCUCCCAAAGUUGCAGAGAGAGCUCUUCCUCAGCUGCCCAAAGGCCGAGAGGAGGAGAUCAGAAAAAUCCUCAGGAGUAACCUUCAGAGGACACGGCAGAGGCUGCGCUCUUACAACAGACAUACUCUGGUGGCAGAUCCUUUUGAGGACGGAUUUAGCGACUUACUUAUCAAGAAGCAACGGAUGAUUGAGUUGGAGAAGAAGAUUAAAGAGAUGAAUAACUACCUGACGGUGCCUGCUGCUCCUCCUGACUCCCCGACCAUGUGCCGAGCCAGACUGGCCUCAGGGAGAGAUACUGAUUUCAAACCUGCUCAGCAGCAGAAAGGAAACAAAAUCUUCCCAGACCCCCAGGCCUACAGCACAAAGCAGGCGUCAGACAGUGUCCCCACCAUCCAAGUGGACCUGGCGUCCCCCCAGUCUCCAGACUCUGUAACCCUGCUGGAUGAGUUCAGACAGGCUGGAAAGCAGAAGCCGGAGGAGGAGGAGGAUGGUCUGAUGAUGAAACCUCCAUCGAGGACAGGUGCAUCCGACAAGCCGGGUGAGGCAGACACGGGAAGAGAUCAGCAGAAGCUCAUGAGGUGUCUGAGCGACCCCGGUCCCAGUGCGGAUGAGGACGAGGACGAACCCUUCCUGCCCUGAGAUGCCAGAUCAGAUGUGGAGGGGUCAGGCACACAUUGACCGGUUAGAGUGGAGAGGCCUGCUUCACUGCUCUGCUCUAAAUUAUCACAUUGGUUCAGAAACCAAACUUGCCAAAACUGCUACUGCUGUAUGAACCAGAGACAAAAUGCAAAAGGAGAUUACCUGAGAAGAAAAGAAAGAGAAAUUACCUAUUUGUUAUCAUUGCUCUUUAUUUUUUCAGCAGGAGUGGAACAGCAACUGCUGGGACUGCUGUCAGGGGAGAUGGGUAAUAGUUGAUCUAUGCAUUACCAAAGGUUUGAACUGUUUUAGUGUCAGACAAUGUUAUUUCUUCUUUAGUGUCAGAAUGGUUUUCGUUCCUGGUGGUAGCGCAGUUCAUUUUUAAAACGUUUCUGUUGUUCUCUGAGACACGCUGGUCCUACAUGUAAUGAGCCAGUUCAGUCUCAGUUCACUUUCAAACACCACACUUGAGUUUCAUCCUGUCUCUUGAAAUCGCUGGAUAUCCAAACAUUUAGAUUGUAGCUAUUUUAAAAUAUUUGGCCUUAUUUGAUGUCAAACGUUUUCACUUGGUGCAUUUUUAUCCGUGUCUUCUUAAAUGCUUUCUAUUUUCAUUUGGGAGACACUAACAUCUGGUUGUAAUCAGAGUUGGCUCCAGUAUUGGUGAGCUGUAGGUUAAAAGCUGGAUGUAUUUAGUCACUGUGCAAGCCACUGUGUUAAGGUACCACAGUUGCUUCUCGUCAGACUUGCGGCCUUGUUCUUGUUCCUGCUGUGGAGGGAGGUAAUGUGGACUUGAAAAAUGUCCCAGUGUUGUAGGUGGUCGGGGAGUUUUCGCCUACAAACGAGGAGUAAAGCUGAGUUUUUGGGAAACUGUGAUGCAGCUCGUACAUUUUCUUCUGCCAACAUACUUGUUUUCCCAUCCAAGUUAAAAUCACAUGUUAUCAUGUCAUUUUCCUUAAUCCCUUUCAAACUCACUGUUGUAUGGGUGUGGUCGUUUAGUGUCUGCCCAUAGAUCAGAUCAAAUCCUUAACGUGCACUGUCUUAUACAUGCCUGUUGCAUUCCUAUGUAUUAACCGGCCUUUAAAAGAAGCGUUAGUGCCCUACACAUGAGCAUGGAAAGUGAAGGUUUGUUUGAAUCCAUCCAUGCCUCCCAGCCUUGCUCAAUAUCUGACAUUGUGGGUGUGUCAUGGCAAAAAAAAGAACUAAUUCUAUGCAGUAUAGAUGUGUAACAUAUGUAAAUAAAUUAUAUCUAAGAAAACCCUUUAAAAGUCAUUUAAUCUUCUAAACUUGCAAAAUGUUGAGCCAAAUCACUGCUAAAGGCAAAGUUAAAAUCAAACUAGGGCAUUAAUACAAACUCUUCUUUGCACAUCUGAGCAAGACUGAAAACUUGACAGCGGUGAUGACAACAUAGUCUAUUGUUUCAGCGCACGUCUUCUUAACGCAGGUCCUCGGUGAAUUGGAAUAUGACAUAUUGUAUUUAAUUUAUUGAAGUAAUGACAUUCAUUUAUAGUCAUUUGGACAUUUUAAUAGAAAAGACACUGUGGCGUUAAUCUUUUUUAUCUUGGAUUUUAAACCCACAAGCAUUCAUGUCACUGGGCUUCAUUACAAAAAGAAACUAGGUUUCCCCAGGUUACCAGCCAUCCACAGACAUUAGUGUGGAAGGAAAUCUUUCUGGGCUUUGAAAUCCAGUCUGACUGAAGUAGCUCUAGUGUCUGCUCCAGUUUUCAGGCUGUUUUCUUGGUAUUACCGACGACUGAAUCUUGCCUGAUCCGCUUACACACAGAAUGUUCACGUUACAGCUGAGGGCAAAGAGCAGAAGCACCCCACAGGUAUGUUCACUUCUUCCACUCCUCUUUUCUUAAGAACCUGUAAAUGGAUUGUUUGGUGACUCUAGUUAUGGUAAUGCAGGACAUUUUGUGAUGGACGUCAGGUGAAGCAUCUGAUCUGACCAGCAGAGUGUGUGGGAUCCUUUUGAGGUUAGACCCUCCCAUCUCUCAGCCGCAGGGUCAAACCUUAAAACGUCUUCUUAUUUCUCAAUCAAGUUGAAUUUACUUUUGUUCUGAAACGUCAGCAUAGGUGUCAGACUAAUAGAGAGAAGUGUCCUGAAAAUAUAAACAAGAAUGUGGUCAAAAAAGCAUAUUUUCAGAACACUGAACUGACAGGCCAAAUUGCCGGAUCUCCAUCCUCAAAUCCUCUUUGCACAGUUGCCUGUUGAUGCAGCAUGUGUAUGAGCAAUGAGUGUGAUGAAUGUUUGAGCUAUAUAUGAGCUUCUGAAUUGGCAGAUGCUUCAUAAUUUGGUCAGUUUGUUCAACUCCUAAUCAACGGAUCUGCAGAUGCUGAAACAGAUUUCAGGAAAGACAUCUCUAAACGCACUUGUGCUUGUGAAUGUGUCUAACUGAGUGUGAAUGCAAAGCUUUACACAGCAACUCUUAUAUCUGUCUGAGAAUAUACCAACUAUUGAGAGUACAUUUUGCUUCGAAAUAAUAAUUAAUGUAACUUGGGGAUCAAAUGGGGAAACCAAAAGCUUCACAUUUAGAUUAUAACAAUCCUUAAGAUGAGGCACUAUAUGUUUGAUUGCUUAUUUGUAUUCCAAAGAAAGAAAAGAAACACUAUUUUCAUACAUUAUUAUUUUAUUUUUUUUCAUACCAAAUGCAUCCUUUGGGCAAACAUACUCACAGUCCUCGGAGAGUAAUGUUUGGUGCAGAAAACCUUAAUCUGAAGCCAUAGAGCCUAUAGAAGAACCUAUAUUAUGGUACUCUUGUACAAUAUUUGAUGUCAUCUUUCCAUCAUUUUUGCUUUUAUUUUGCUUUACACACAAAUCAAACGAAUCCCUUUACAGUCAGAUUGUCUUCUUCUUUCUUUUUUUUUUUUUUUCUCAAAUGAAUGUUGUUGUUUUGUAUUUCCACACUGGAUGUUCAUCUGUAGUGUUGAAAUGCAUCAAGUUGGUGAGGUUCAGGAUCACAGCCCUGUUGCCUAAUAGUUGUGUAAUAAUAUUUCCAUGUAAUAUAAACUACUUUGUGUGCUUUAAUUGUUCAACUGCUCUGUUGUGUAAAAUAUUGUUUUCAUCGUCUCUUGCUUUUACAUCCAAGUAUCUGGAGUUGUGCAUGGCGUUUGUUCUUUGAAGAAGCCUUCACUGUGGGUUUUUUCCAUCUCAUGUUUGCUUGUAACAGGACCCUGAAAGCAAACUUUAAGCGGUGGAGUGCAGGCUGUGCUUCAAACAGGCUGAGUUUACUGCUUUAAGCUAUAAUCAGUGCCACUUUUAAGCUUUACUCUUGAACUCAAUGCCCCUGAAGUUAAAAUUGUUCCACUCGGCAAAGAAAUGUUAAUGCAUCAAUUACAUUUCAGCCCCUCGAGCUAACAAAUAAAUCUAUACAUUAGGCCACAAUGUUUUUUUUAAGCAUGUUUUAGCGUGUGUUGCAGCCAGUAGUUUUCAUUAAUUCCCUUCAAGAUAGAAAAUCUGUGUAAAGCUCCAUCACUAUAAACAUCAGGUCUAUUUACAUCUGAUUCCUUUUUGUCAUGGAUCAACUACAGUAUGUAUCUUAUAGAUGAAUGGAUGGAUAUUGGAUGUGUAGACAUAAUAAUAAUAAUAAUAAAAACAACUGGUUGCUACAUGAUUUGUACUACAUGGGCUAAAACAUGCAAAAACUUGAGUGUAACAUUUGAGUGGCUUGGCAGUGCUAUGCUAGCAGUGCAGAUGAACAUUAGAGACUGUCAGUUAUAAAGGACAGUAACAGCAGCGUGACGCACGCUCGCCAUCCUCACCAUAAUGGCCGUGCAGUGUCAUUACUCCACCCAAAGACUGUUUUCACUCCCUUGUUUACCUCAUCCUUCUCCAGUUUGCCUCAUCCGACUUCUGUUGUACGCCAUUGUGCACCACACCGAGCACUUUAACAAAGCAGUACCUUUAUCUCAAUACACUGAUGAGAGAGCAAUAAAAGGCUUUAAUGUAGUGUACACAAUGUGCAUGGCUAUCAGGUCACACAUCACAGGGAAAAGGAAUGUACUUUACGAUGGGCCUUAUUUCCAGGAACUAGGUUGGUGUUUUUAAGGCGAAGAAGCUAGGAAUUUAAAAAUCCUGGUGAGUUUCAUGUCGACAGAGUGGAUUAUAUUUCCCUUUUAUUCAUAUCUUGUCUUGUUUAUCUUCAUUUAUUUGUCAGUUAAUGAUUUGCUGUUUGCAAACUGAAAUUUUGCAAUGGUUAAAAGUUAUUUUUUAAUUUUAUAUACACAUGAAUGGAAUAUACAUAUAUAUAAUAACAUAUAAGUAAAGAUAUAAAAUGUGCACUUUUUGAUGAUUCAUCUUUAGCCUUCAGCAUUCCAUUGUAAUGACCAGUAAAACUAACCACUGAUGAAACUACAUCUGAAACUAUAUACUAGAUUAAAGAUAUACUUUAUAACA